GAUUCUGUGGAGUUGAUUAAUUUCUUCGAUCAGCUUCACGAGGUCGCGGGCUGUAAUUCGAUAGCCUCUCUCUUCGACCUCCAUCAAAACUUCUAGGGUUAGGGUUUUGGAAUCUCUCCCGCGACCUCCGAAUUGAGAAAGGAGUGAAGAAAGAUGUGGCACGAGGCGCGGAGGUCGGAGAGGAAGGUCCACGACCUGAUGGACGCGGCCCGGAAGCGGGCGCAGCGGCGCGCGCUCUUCCUCGCCAAGCGGCGGGGCGACCCCCAGCAGUCGCUCCAGAUCGUCGGAUCUCGAUGCCGCGUCUACCGCGACGAUGGCCUCUACCAGGCCGCCCAGGACCAGCAGGGCCUGAUACCAUGGAAUGGAAAACAGGAUAUUUUGAUUGACAGAUUUGAUGGUCGUGCUUUGCUUGAUUUCAUUCGAGACUCUAGUUCUAGGCCUUUUCGAGUUCAAGAGAAGACUGAGGAAGAAGAAGAGUUAGAAGAGUUUGUUAAUUUUGAGCGUUAUCGGGAUUUAAUUAAGCAUCGGCGUAGAGGAUUUACUGAUGAGGAGGGUUUGCAACAUGUUCACCAAGAAUUGGAGGCAAAGACUGCUGUUCCCUUUGCUUUGGAGAGACCACAUUCAUUACAAGCUCCAGCGAGCAAAGGUUCAUACUCGCAGGUGGGGUUCUCCUACAAAGGCGAUGGUAAUGAAGAAUCCCAUCAUCUGGACAGCGAUGAUGAGGAUGAAGAUGAUGAAGAUGAUGAUGAUGAGAAAGACUUCAGUAGUGAUGAUAGUAAUGACGAAGGAAUGGAAAAGAUUGCAAAAGAAUUUGGUGUCAAGAGAUAUAACUGGCUAGUUUACAUGGAUAAAAAAGCCAAGGAGGAAGAGAAACGACAGAAAGAAGUAAUUAAAGGGGAUCCGGCAAUUAGAAAAUUGAGUCGCAAGGAAAGAAGGAAAGCUUCUCAGAUGGAAAGGGAAAGAGAGAGGGAAGCAGCACGUUCAAUUGGAAGAGCACCCCAUCAUGAUCCCUACAGGGAGCCACGGCGAAGUCCCACAUAUGAAGCUUAUCCUCGCUCCAGAAUGUCCAGAUCCAGGUCACAAUCAUAUUCACCUUCACAUUCAAGACGACAUGAUCGCAGUUCUCAUGCUGAUAAUGGACAUCGGAGCAAGCCAAAGCCGCCCAAAAUUGAGUAUAUUACAGAAUUUGGAGGUUCAACUGACAUGGAUGACCAAAAAGUGGAAGGAAUCUCCCCACCAUCAUCUCCAUUGCAAGCUGAUCUACUGAACCGGUCAUCUGGUAGUCAAAUUCUUGAGGCACUUCAUGUUGAUCCUGCAUCUGCUCUAUCCCUCGAACGGGAAAAGAGUACCAGAAUGUCGAAACCAUCAGUCAGUGCCAGCACAUCAUCAUCAGCAAUAGCGAAACUAAGCAAGACUGCUACUGGGGGUCCUUUAAAAACCCAACUAGGUGAAAAGAAAGAAACUCCACAGGAACGUCUGAAAAGGAUAAUGAGUAAACAACUGAAUAAACAAAUUCGAAAAGAUACUGCUGCCGAGAUGGCGAAGAAGCGGGAGCAGGAACGCCAGAGGCAGGAAAAGCUUGCAGAAACAAGUAGAAUAAGUCGCUACAGGUAUCGUAGCCGUAGCAGAAGCCGGAGCUGUUCUCCACCAAGAAGACGACAACAUGGUAGAAGCUGCAGCAGGAGCAGGAGCAGGAGCAGGAGCAGGAGCCCUCGUCGAUACUACUCCAGAUCGCGUUCCCGUUCUUUCUCCCGAUCACGUUCCCCAAGGUUACGAAGUCGGUCCAGACACUGAAGCAUUGUGAUUAAGCUAAAGUGGAUUCUGAUAGUUUUGUAAGCUAUCUUUAUAGGAUUCUGGGCUGUAUGUGAAUUCAAUUCUGCCUGAUUAACAUUCACUGCCCUUGUUCUUCGGUGUUAGUAUUGAUCAUGUUUUGUGUAAAGAACAUGUCAGCAAGAGGUUCUCUGCAUGAAACUCUGCAUCUUUCUUGGUAACUCCAUUUGAGGGAACUCUCUCUCUCUAAACACCUA